GGUUCAGACCCCUGCCAGCGCCGCUCGUCCAUCUGUGCGCCACUCGGGGCACGCCCACGGGCGCACACAUCCAGGAACGAGCCGCGCGCGUCCCCGCCCUGCAGCAGCUGCCAGCUGCAAUCAGUCACCUGCAAACUUCACACCUGAUGGUAAUGACGGAGCUGCCUUUAUAGACCUGGACAACCUGCCAUCACUGGCCGGAUUAUAGCCAUCUGUACCUGACUCUUCCCGUGUUUCUCCUGGAUCCCCUGUUGUUCCCCUUGCCCCCCGGACUGCCUUUUGGAUUCUCGACCCCACGCUUUGACACGUUUUCCCACGGACUUCCGCGUUACUUCACUUCCGUCAACAUUUUGGUAAGACAUCCUUCAGCUAAUCUACACACAUAGCCUUACACCAUACACACUUGAGUUUUGAUCAGACUUCAUUUCCUUGGUUUAUUCAUUAGCAGUAAUAGUAUUAUUAUUAUUAGUAGUAGUACUACAGAUUUAUGUAUAUAUUUACUAUAUAUAAUAAAUCUUUGGAGAUACUGCCACCUGGUGUUCGUUUGCCGUCACCUCCCUUUUAGUCAAACAUAACAGUAUAAUCCGGCCAAUUGAUUAGGGACCUGACGGCCGAGUACCUUAGCCCUGCCCCAGUGACUUUCGUUCAGCCCCCCCUGAAUUUUUUUUCUUUCUCCUCCUCUUCUCCCAUUCACUGUCUUUUUCUUUUUUCUUUUUUUGCUCCACACGGGAGGAUUUGUCUUGUCCCGUCAACAUGUCUUGGAAGGGGAUGUUCAGUAGCAAUAUUAGCAAAGAGGAAUUUUCUCGUCGCCUGGACACCCUCUUCCCACCCUUAGAGACUGUUCCUCAGUCUGCAGGAAGCGUCUGGCAUCCAAUUUUGGAGGGGGGGGAUAGUACUGGUGGCUGUGCUGGUGUGGCGGCGCAGUGGCACCCAGACAGGCUACCCCCUGCCAAACUAAUUCCACCUGUCUUCCGCUUUUCUCAGCCACAGCCACCAGUUCCCUGGCUAGCCUCCGAACUAGCACCAGUUCCCUGGCUAGCGACCGAGCUAGCUCCAGUCCCCAGACUAGCCUCUGAGCUGGCACCAGUCCCCAGGUUAGCGCCCGAACUAGCACCAGCCCCACAGCUAGCCUCCGAGCUAGCGUCUGUCCCCGAGCUAGCCCCUGAGUUAGCACCAGCCCCACAGCUAGCCUCCGAGCUAGCGUCUGUCCCCGAGCUAGCCCCUGAGUUAGCACCAGCCCCACAGUUAGCCCCCGAGCUAGCGACAGUCCCCGAGCUAGCCUCCGAGCUAGCGGCAGUACCCGAGCUAGCAGCAGUACCCGAGCUAGCGGUAGUCUCCGAGCUAGCCUCCGAGCUAACGGCAGUCCCUGAGCUAGCACCCGAACUAGUGCCAGCCCCAAGGCUGAACCCCUCGUUUCCACCAGCUCCCUGGCUGGCCCCUGUGUCUCCACCAGCUCCCAGGCUGGCCUCGACCUCUGCCCCUCGGCCUGUAGCGCCGACUUCAGUACAUCGGCCAGCUCCUCAGCUGCCCUCCUCGUCUUUGGCUUUGACGUCUGCUGCUUCCACGCCGCAGAUGACGUCCGCUGCCUUCACGCCGCCGUCUUCCUAUGCCUCUACGCUUCAGACAUCACCUCCUCGUUUCUGGCGAGACGCACCAUGGCGUCACUCGCGUCCGCCUCCACGACUUCCAAGAUGGUGCCCGUUACUUGGUUGCCCGCCUCGCCGGCGUCAGCUGCAUUCUACUCGCCGUCGCCACCAGACUCGUCCCCGGUGGAUUCGGGGACACUUGGGCUGGCGACCCACCACCAGUUCGCCCCUCCGCCCUCCCUUGACUUUUGUUCCUGUGCUCUUGGUGUUUCGACCUGUGGGACAUCUGGAAGCUGUCCAUAAGAAGGGGGGUACUGUUACGGUUCAGACCCCUGCCAGCGCCGCUCGUCCAUCUGUGCGCCACUCGGGGCACGCCCACGGGCGCACACAUCCAGGAACGAGCCGCGCGCGUCCCCGCCCUGCAGCAGCUGCCAGCUGCAAUCAGUCACCUGCAAACUUCACACCUGAUGGUAAUGACGGAGCUGCCUUUAUAGACCUGGACAACCUGCCAUCACUGGCCGGAUUAUAGCCAUCUGUACCUGACUCUUCCCGUGUUUCUCCUGGAUCCCCUGUUGUUCCCCUUGCCCCCCGGACUGCCUUUUGGAUUCUCGACCCCACGCUUGGACACGUUUUCCCACGGACUUCCGCGUUACUUCACUUCCGUCAACAUUUUGGUAAGACAUCCUUCAGCUAAUCUACACACAUAGCCUUACACCAUACACACUUGAGUUUUGAUCAGACUUCAUUUCCUUGGUUUAUUCAU